CCCACAAGUCACAACUCCACCACUUCCCUAUAUAUCUCACAAACCACCAUUUGGCGGCACAGAAAUCGCGCCAUUUCUCUCUCUAGAUUUCCUCAAUCCAUCACAAAUGGAUCCCCACACCACAUUCUCUCUACCAAAUCUCCUAUGUGAAGAAGACGACUCAUCAUUAAACGACACCAAAUCCAAGCUUUCCAACCCCAGAUCAGAGGACGAUCACUACAUACGAUCGUUGAUCGAAAAAGAAGCUCAAUCCAAUGAUUAUAAUUGUGUUAUUUGUGACGAUAGUACAAGAAAUUGGUUCAAAUGUGCAAGAUUGGAUGCUAUUGAUUGGAUUUUCAGUACUAGGGAAGUUUUGGGGUUUCAUUUUCGUACGGCGUAUUUGUCGUUGACUUACUUUGACCGGUUUAAUUCAAGAAGAGUUAUUGAUAAUGGGAAGGAAUGGGCUAUACAAUUGCUAGGCAUUGCAUGCUUAUCUUUGGCCGCGAAAAUGGAGGAACAAGUGGUACCAUCGUUAUCGCACUACAAAGCACAAGGGUACAACUUCGAAAGCAGCGUGAUUCAACGAAUGGAGUUGAUGGUGUUGGCAACUUUAGAAUGGAGAUUGUGUUGCAUCACUCCAUUUGCUUAUCUUCACCAUUUCUUAUCCAAGAUUUGCGAUGAAGGUGAGUGUAACGAGUUUCUAGUGUCCAAAGCUAUCGCGCUCAUUCUUGAUUUCUCCAAAGAGGUUAAUUCGAUGGAUCAUCGGCCGUCUGUCGUUGCAAUAGCGGCGGUGUUAUUAGCGUGUGAUGAUCAAUUAACAAGAAACGCCUUGGAGUUUAAGAUCGGUGUAGUGUCAUCACUUCAUUCUCUCGAAAAAGAAUGUAUAUAUAGUUGCUACAAUCUUUUGAAGAAUAUCGAGACUAAAAAGAACACCACCCCCGAGUCUAAUUCCUUCGAAUUAUUAACCAAUCAUCGGAACCCGUCUUCCAACAUUGGCAUCAAGCGGAAGCUUACAUACAACGGCUUCGAACAAAAAUGCCCAUUGCAGAAAAUAAGUAGGCGAUUGUAGUAACGUUUGCGUUAAACAAAGACAUGGAUUUGUUUAUUGGAUUUGAUCGGGUGAUCAUGAGCGAAUAAGAUUUUGAGUUUUCGAAAUACUAAUCUACCAACAUAUGGUAUGAUGUGAAUUGUGAAGGGGGUACAAGUGCAAACACCAUAAGGGAAUAGAAUAUGAAGUGCCAAUGAGAAAGUUAUGCUAGUGGCAACUAGUGAACAAUGAUGAAUGGUAAAGUUUUAACACACAGUGAAAAGUGGCCUAAGAUGUGUCAAUUAAAGAUUGAUAAAUGGGUUUUAUUUUUUAACUUUUUUUUUUCUUGAAUUCAUUUGUCUUUUUCAAUACCCUUUUAAGCUUUAGUUCUGGAUAAAGAUUGUCCUAUGUCUGUGUAUAUGUCACUGUUGAAGAAACACUUGAAGUAUCUUUUUUAUUGAAAUUGAGAGGGUUUGGAUGCUGA